AUGGCUAAGCCAAAGAAGCCGAAGGCCAACCCAAUCCAAACUGCCAUCCAGACCUGGAUCGCCUCAAUACCACAACCAGAUGGAGACGAGGAUCAGAAAGAAUGGAAAGAUGACCUCUUAAGCAGCGCCCCUAAGCGCUUCACAAUCUAUGAGCCGAUGGCGUUGCUCCCAUCUGGCAGUUUCACCAAUGAGACCUGGACAACUACUUUACGUGGCGUCGGCCGAGAUUCCUCUGCCCAGCUAUGGUCCUUGAUAUUGAAGGAACUGUCGACUCAAGCCAAGGGCAGGUUAACGCACUUGGCGGCCAACGAGGGCAUCCCUCUGCACAAGGAUGGGGCGGAGGACGAGAACGUACUGAGGAGCCCAAGUGGAUUGCGUAUUCUAUACGGCGACUUUGGCCCUGCUGAAGCUACAACGGAAACACUGUCGAAGAGCGACUUUGAUAAAGCGCUCUGGGUAUCGACGAAACAGAAUGGAAUAUUCCAGACCUGGGCACCGAGGUGGACCAUGUUUAGUCGUGGCAACAUCAAGGAGAAGGCAAGGUUACUCGACAUGGAGAGUCCAUCGGAUUCAGGAUUAUCUGAGAAGCCGUGGGCGGUAGAUCUCUACGCGGGCAUUGGUUACUUUGUCUUUUCUUACGCUCGCUUGGAAAUGAGGGUUCUGUGCUGGGAGAUUAACCCUUGGAGCGUCGAGGGCUUGCGACGAGGCGCAAUAGCUAACCGGUGGACGGUGAAAGUCGUCCAGGGCCAGGAGUUGGAAUUACCAGUCGAGGAGAUUCUCGCCGGAGGAGACCAGAUUAUCGUGUUCCUCGAGAGCAACGAGGACGCGCUAGGAAGGAUACAGUCACUGCAAGCACAGGGCAUGGUUCGAGAGAUUCGGCAUAUCAACUGCGGCUUUCUGCCCACAAGUGAACUAACCUGGAAGCAUACCUGGGAGAUGUCCGCGCCGUCAACCGAGACGUGGUUACACCUCCACGAGAACGUGGGCGUCAACGACACGGAAGCGAGGCGGCAAGAGAUCCAAAGCCGAUUUGAGAGCUGGGGGGACGACAAGGAGGUGCGAACAGUCAAGGUCGAGCAUAUCGAGUUGGUCAAAACGUUUGCGCCAGGCGUCUGGCAUUGUGUCUUUGACAUUCAUGUUACAGGUUCUAUCUCUCAAUAG